AUGGCUAGCUCGCCAGUAGUACUCUCCCAAUACGAUCCGAGCGGUCAGUAUUUGGCUUAUGUUACGGUGGCUUUGGAUAAACAAAGGAUCUCGGUAGAACCAACGAAACCGUCGUCCAAAGCUGAUGGAUUGGUCAAUGAGAAUUUUCUGUAUUUGGAGGACUCCAAUUUGCGAGUAACGUGUCUGGAAUGGGUCACACUAACUUCUGGAGACUCUCAAAUGGUUGCCGUUGGUCUUAAUUCGGGCGAAAUCUGGAUCUAUGCGCCUGCAGCUAAUCAAAUAGUCUACAAAUUGUCCACUGGCAACGCCGAUGCGAUUCAUGAUUUUAAAGUUCAAGGAGACAUUGCGUGGUGUUGCGACCGCAAAGAUACCAUUUAUCGGUUCAGAAUGACUGAUUUUGCAUUGGACGACAAAUUCAAAGUUGAAGGUUGUGAAGACCUUCAAAAAAUAUGCAUCGUGGACGCUGAUCGCAUCCUUCUGGCAUCCCAUUCAGUUUCUCUAGUGCAAAUUGCCACCCGCACAGUGGAAAGAACAUACCCUGGCCAUAUAACUGCCGUCACAAAUAUCAAAAUGGUGAACACCAAUACGUUUUUAACCAGUGCAUCCAAUGACAGAUUUCUAAAUCUCUACGAUCUCUCAAGUGGUGGUACCACGUCUGUAUUGGUAUCACAGUCGGAUGUUAUCCAGGUGGCUCAUUACGGAGACCUAGUCAUAGCAGUAGCUUUGGAAGAUGGGUCUGUGGAAAUCUUCCCAGACCCACUUGUCUCUACCAGCAAUAAAAGACGCCGGGUGGUCUCGAAGCAAUCGGCACAUCGCUUCAAAGUACAGAGGCCUGUAAACGAAGAAGCUGUGCCGGUAGUGAACGUCUCCGUUACUGCAGACAUCAUUAAUUUUGCGUGGCUCGAAAACGCUACCGUUCCCUACUGUGAUCAAAAACAAUGGCGUGAACUACCCGCUUCAUGUGUCAUAACCAAAUCUCGUCCUUCUGCAGGAUCCAAAAAUGUGCAUAGAUCUCUACACGGUCAAGAUCAAGCCGCACCCAAAUCAUACGUCGAGGGCAACGCGACUGUCACAUCCGGUGACAACUUCAAGCACGUCAAAGAAGCCAUAUCAGAGCUUGAAAGAAGCGAUGCUGAUUUCGAAGAGUCGCUUGCUGAUAAAUUGGCACAAUCUUCCAUGGGACCAGAGCAUUCCGGCUCUAAGAAAUCCAAGAAACGUGCUACGACAGGUACGCUCACAGUGGUACUAUCUCAAGCUCUGAAAUCGCAUGAUCAUAGUUUGCUGGAGACGGUGCUUAAUAACCGUGACGAGAAAAUUAUUAAAGGAACCAUUGGCCGCUUGCAACCCUCGCUUGCGGUGCUUUUGCUUGAAAGACUUGCGGAGCGUAUAGCCAGACAAAGCAAUCGCCAGGGUCCGUUGAAUGUAUGGGUAAAGUGGUGUUUGAUUAUUCACGGUGGGUAUUUGGCCCGGAUGCCAAACCUGACGUCCAGUCUGGCCUCUUUGCACGCAACGCUGCGGAAGCGGGCUGAACUACUGCCUCGUUUGCAAGCUUUAGAGUCGCGUCUUGAGUUUUCACUGAACCAGCUCGACGCAUACCGGGCUCGCAACGCUAUCUCGAGCGAAGAACUUGAAAUCGGUGAAAAGAGGAGCCAAGUGUCGGACGACGAAAACGAUGUUGAAUACAACGAAGAGCUAGAUGACGCAGGCCUGAUAGAAGAUGGAGAAAUGGAUUACGACAGCGACGCUGAUGGCAGUGACGGCGAAGACGACGACGCAGGAUCGGUAUCUUCACUACCGGCCCAAUCUGAGGAACAAGAUUUUAUAAACGAUUCAGGCCUGAAACCAGAAAUUGAAGAAGGAUACAGUGACGUCGAAGUCGAUUGA